UUUUAUUAAUUUAGGUAGUUUCAAGCAGAAAACAUCUGAAAUAUUCAGGGCAGUAGGUAAGAACAACAACAUCCUAGAAUCCUCAUUUGUGCAAACCAAAACAGGCUGCAUCAGUAGAGAGUUAUAUUACAAAGCCUUAAUGUUUCACCUGAAAGGGAUUAGUUCCACUUUAACACUGUUCCUGCAUAAGUACUGCAGUUUCACCCUCUGAACUUUUCUCCAGUACUCCAACUGUGAAUGUGCAUGUCCUAAUGUGUGUAGACGGCAGUAAAUUAAAUUACUCAGUAACAGGCACUCCUCAUCUCUGGCUGCUGAGGACUGAGAUAGUAACCCCACUUCCAGUGAGGACUUUGAACACACACAAAUCUCUGCUAACCCGCAGAGGAAUUCCAACAAUCCCAACAGAGGAGCCAAAAGGGAAGGAAAUGUUUCUCUUAUUCUGAUUUAAAUCGUAGAGAAGGGGGGGUUUUCUGAUUUUUUCUUUUUCCUUCAAAAUUGUACUGUUUCCCUGUGUUGGACCUUGAGAAGAAACAUAGUUAAAAAGAAAGAAAUUACAAUGAGAAAAGCAAUAGUGAUUGUGUUUUUCAGCCUCUGUGUGGCCGUGGAGGUGAGUGGUGCUGCAGAUAAGACGAGAGGAUCUGUGAAAGAAAACCCUACACUAGAAAACACUAAGGAAGCGAAACAAGCUGACCCUGUUUCUGCAAGCAACAGCAUUUCAUCACCUUUUUUAGGUAAACUGCUGGUGGUGCCCAUGGAUGGGAGCCACUGGGUGGGCAUAAAAGCCAUUGCCCAGGAAAUGGGUCGACGUGGACACCAGGUUACUGUGGUGAUACCAGAAUUUAGCAUGAGGAUGGGCCCAGGAAAACACUACAACACCAUUGCCUAUCCAGUCCCUUAUGACCAGGCUUUCAUUGACCAUUUGAUGUCUCUGAACAAGAAUGCACUGACGAAAUCUACAGAGCCUUUUUUGGAGAGGAUACAGUCAAAAUUCUCUCAAUUGCAAAGGAUUUUCAAUUUUAUGCACAUCACCGCAGAGAAACUACUGUUCAACACCAGUCUCAUCUCGCAUCUGGAGCAGCAGAACUUUGAUGCCGUUUUGACAGACCCUGUGAUACCGACAGGUUCCUUAGUAGCUCGGAAAUUAGGCAUCCCCACCAUUAAUCUGCUGCGUGGGAUUCCAUGUGGUCUGGAUAUGAAGUCUGCAGGUUGCCCCUCCCCAAACUCAUAUGUGCCUCGGUUUUUCACUGGAUACACAGACAGAAUGAACUAUAAGGAGAGAAUUAUCAACACUUUGGUGAGUUUAGUGGAGCCACUUUUCUGUCGACUGCUGUACUGGAAGUUUGAUAAUAUAGCCUAUCAGUUCCUGGAAGAAGAGGUGGGCAUAGCAGAAGUGCUGUCAGAAUCUGAUAUCUGGCUGCAGAGGAUUGACUUCACACUGGAGUUCCCCCGUCCCCUCAUGCCAAAUAUAAUUCUAGUUGGAGGAAUCAACUGCAACGUGAGAAAUCCUCUUUCUCAAGAUUUAGAGUCGUGGGUUUCAGGAGAGCACGGCUUUGUAGUCUUCACUCUGGGCUCCAUGGUGUCAGAUAUGCCAGAAGAGAUCACCUCCAUCUUUAUAGAAGCUUUCAGACAGAUUCCACAGAAGGUCAUAUGGAGGUACACUGGAAAGGUUCCUGGGAACAUUCCAGAUAACGUGAAGAUAAUGAAAUGGGUGCCACAAAAUGACCUACUAGCCCAUCCUGGAGCACGAGCUUUCAUCACUCAUGCUGGCUCGCAUGGUCUGUUUGAGGGUUUGUGUCAUGCUGUCCCCAUGGUGAUGGUGCCAAUUGGUGGGGACCAACCUGAUAAUGCAGAGAAGAUGGCGAGCAGAGGAGCAGGAGUCGUGUUGGAUAUAACUUCUGUCACCACAGAAAUAAUAAUUCAAGGACUGAAUGAAGUCAUCAAUGACACCAGGUACAAGGAGAACGUGGAGAAGUUGUCAUCUCUUCAUAAAGACCGGCCGAUUGAACCACUCAAUCUUUCAGUGUACUGGACAGAAUUUGUGAUGCGACACAAAGGGGCAAAGCACCUGAAAGCUGCUGUCCAUGGUCUCAACUGGUUCCAGUACUUCUGCCUGGAUGUUUUGGCACUAAUGGCUGCUGUGGUGCUGGUUUUUGUAAUACUGCUGACAAAAUGCAUGAAAGUGUGCUUCCAGAAACUUGGUAGGAAGAGAAAGCAGGACUAAGAUGAUGAUGAUAUAAAUUACUUUGUAUCUUCACCUCACUGUAAAGGAACAUUUUU